AUGGAUAUUAAUGUAGUUUAUUUUGAUCACCAAAUUACGGCCCGUUCAAUCGCCGGAGAUUAUUAUUUGGGGGGAUACUCAACAUAUAAAGAUGUAAUAAUUGGACAAACAAGACGUACAGCCCAGAAAAUUCCAGUCAGAGCUCCACCAGUUGUUGAGAAUGUGACAACUGAAAGCAGCAACAUCUUGAAAUCAUCAAAUUCUAUAACAUUUGGAAUUUCAUAUACUGAUCUCGAUGCAACAGAUAAUAUUACUGCCUUCUAUAAGAUUGAUGAUGCUGCUAAUUACACACAAUACAAUGAAACUUUCCAUAUUACAUCUUCAACUGGAACACUCACUCUUACAUGUGAUUUACCAAGUGAACGCACUUUAGGUGAGCAUAAAAUAUAUGUCAUGCUUGUAGAUUCGAAUGAUUUUGAAUCUAACACAGAUAAAUUCCUGAAAUUCUACAUUAGGGAAAAACCACAACUCACUAUUGAUUCUAUUGACAAAUUAUAUUAUCUUCCAGGUGAAUCGUUCAUUGCAACUAUCAGCAUUAGCGACCAAGAUCAAUCUGAUUCUGAGAAGAUCGAAUAUCGUCUUGAAAGUGCAUCUGAAUAUACAACACUCAGUGAAGGUGUUUCAGCAUCUAAUAGUAUAAGGUUGCCAUCAAUCACUAUUCCAGAAAAUUCUUCAUCUAGCCCGCUUAAAUACAUGAUACGUGUUACAGAUUCAUAUGGCUUUUCUGACGAAAAAUCUAUUGAUGUUCCUCUCCACUUUAAGCCAACAAUCACAAUUGAUGAGAUACCAACCAAAGAAUCAUUUGUUCAUGGUGACAAUAUUAUUAUUCACGGCAAAGCAACAGAUGAAGACGAAGAUGAUGUUGUUACAAUUACAUUAAAUGUCAACAAUGAUCAUUAUACAACAACAGUAUUAGCUAAUGGAACUGAUAAGAGUUUCUCUUUUAAUGUUCCUGUUAAACAAGAAUAUGCAAUUGGAACACUCUCCAUCACCGUCACAGGUGUUGACUUAUACAGUUUAGAUUCUAAUCAAGUCGAUCUUUCUAAGCCAUUGUAUUUCAUCCCAGUUAUUACAUCUGUCCAAACUGUUGACCAACAAUAUGUUUCACCAUCUAACACGAUCAAGAUUAAAGUAUCCAUCCAGGAUUUAGACUCAAAUGAUCAACUGACAGUUUAUUACAAACGUCAGUCAGACACCGAAUUCACAUCAUUGCCAGCUCUUCAAACAGCAGACAGAGAAGGAACUUUCGACAUCCCAAUCUCAGAAACUGCUACUACAGGUGAUUUCACAAUCACUUUCAAGGUCACAGAUAGCCAUUCGCUUACAUCUCAGCCAUCACCAUUUGUUGUACAGGUCAGAAUUCCUCCAAAGGUUCAAGAUCUUAGUCCAGAAAAACCAUUCUUUUCUCGUGGCGAGUCUGUUGUUGUCAAAGGAAACAUUGUCGAUCCAGACUCUAAUGAUGAAUUUACAAUCACAAUUAAGUUUGGUGAUUUAACUAAUAGUAAGACAGUUCAAUCCGCAGGAGAAACAACACCAUUCUCUAUUCCUUUAGAUAAUGUUCCUAUUGGUGAUUUAACAGCCGAAAUAUCUGCUGUUGACAAAUUUGGUUUUGAUUCGAACAAACCAACUGUUGCUGUCAAAGUCAGAGUUGCGCCAGUAAUUUCAGAUCUUUCCAUUGCAGCCAAUAAAUACAAGAGAGGUGAUGAAAUUACAUUAACUUUCAAAUUACUUGAUGAAGAUAUCAAUGAUUACGUUACAUUUACUGGUGACAUUAGUUCUGCAGCUUUCAAAGAUGAAAACCAUGUUCCAACAACAACAACAGCAAGAGAAACAACAUUGAAGGUUGUGAUUCCAGAAGAAUCAAAGUCAGGAGAAGAUUUAGUUCAUCUCAAAGCUAUUGAUUCCCAAGGAUUGGUUUCGAAUGAAUUAGAACAUCAGAUUUACAUACUCUCCAAUCCAUCAGUUAAAUACGAAGGUAAGAGCAAUGAUGGAAACUCCAAGCCAUACGAUAAUGUAACAAUUUACUUCUCAGUUACAAAUCCAGAUCCAGAUGAAACAGUCAGUGUUUACAUCAAGAUCGAUAGUGGGGAAAAGAUCUUCGUAGGAAAUGUUACAUCUCCAGCUGAAGAUGUCAAACUUAACUACACAUAUACAGUUCCAGGAAAUCAGCCAAAUGGAACAAUUCCAUUCACAAUCAUUGCAGAAGAUGAUAGUGGCCUCUCUAACACAACAAAUGGAGACAUUACAAUUGUCGAUCAUCCACCAAUUACUGUUCUUAAUAAGAACAUCAAGACAGUGAAACAAAAUGAUACAGUCACAAUUGAUUUUGAUGUCAAAGACUUAGAUCCUGGUGAUACUGUUUCUGUCUACCUUGUAAUUAGUCGUGAAGAUUCUUACUCGAAAGAAUACGUUCUUUUUGAAAAAGAUGCUACACAACAAGAAUUUGUAAGUCAUCAUGUAAACAUUACAAUCCCUGAGGACAUGCAGGAUAACGAGUACAAGCUUUCAAUCAAGGCAAUUGAUAGAGCAGGACUCGAAUCAACCGAUGAAAAUAAGAUUCUCGUCAACUCAAAGGCCCAAUUUGGUCAAGAUGGUUCAUCAUCCAAAUUUGAGAUUCUUGUUGACAGGAAAUGGGUCGUAGUUGUUAUAAUCGCAUGUGUGUUGGUGUUGGUAUUGAUAAUUGUAUUAAUUAUCAUUAUCGUAUGCAUCCCACCAGUUGUCGAGAAAGAAGAGGAUUCUAUUGAACAAGUCGAAGAAGACUACCCUGAAAAAGAGGAUUCCGGUGAGACUGUUGAUAUAAGCUCGGAUGAUGUUGUGUUUGAUGAAGGUGAACCAUUGGAAGACUCAGGUGAAUCGUUCUCGGUUUCCUCAGAAGAUGUCGACAUUGAUCAAUUUUAA